AUUGCCCUUGCAUGUCCUUUGAAAAACAUAAAUUUCAUGCUGGAACCCAAGCUGCCAUUUUAAUUCUUUGGCUAGCCACAAGUUUCGUGUGGUCUUCAUUGAGCGGCCCUAGCCGCUGUACUUCUGUCGGUUGUGUGGCCGCAUCUUCGGGGGUUCACCACUUGACACCAUGGCGCCCAAUCAAUAUCGUCCGUGGUCUAUCCGGGGAUUUUCCUUCAAUAAACCACCGUUCUCGAAGCCCGCAGUAUUCUUGGCCAUAUUGACACAAACUUCCUUCAUGCCGUCACGUCUGCCUCGUGGCACAGUCCGUCAACUUCGGAUCGAGACGAACUUACGGGUUAUUUUCGAGGCUGUCUACCACUUCUCCAGAUUCCUGGGAGCGGUGAACUUUUGGGCACGAAUUCGAGAUGUGUUGGGUUUCGACGUGAAAACGAAGGAUUACCACCUGGAAGACAUUGUUAAUGCCUAUUGUGCAGGCCGAAUCGAUUACGUCUUUCAAGAAGACCCGCCAGGGUCUGUUACUCGCAUGGAAGCGCUGGCCGAUGAAAUCAAUGAGGUCCGACGAGAAGCACGUGAUUCGCCAUGGGCCGGAUAUUCUGUGUCUCAUCUAGACUGGCAGAAAUUUUACCCAGCUUGGUUGGACAAGCUAUAUCAGGUCAAGAGAGAUCUAGGGGUUACUGAUGAACAAAUGGAAAAUGGAACUUGCGAUCCACAGUUGCGUAUGUACUGCUCGUUGGCUGCUCGCACCACACCAAUGAGUCCCAGAAUGAGGAAACAAGACGAGGCUCUAGCAAAGCAAACAGCAGGAUAUUCCAGCAAACAUGACGAGCACAGCACCCGCCUGGAUCUGCAGCCAAAGCGUGAGACUUCGAAUGACGAAAGACGUAAGAUGUCGAACCAGGUCCGGUCACCUCGACAGGUCUUCCAGAGUCAUGUGGCCACAAAUUCGAGUGAAGUGAGGGAUGCUUGUGUGGAACAGCGGCCUCGGAAGCGGCGACACAGCGAGUGCAGCCAGCAAACUAGUCCGGAACCGAAAAGAACCGCUAUUGGGUCACUCAUAGUAGAGCCACAAGUGUCUGACGAUAACAUAGUAGCCGCAUUAUCUGCCAUAAAUAAAACGAAACCCCAGCAAGACCAAAGCACAGACUUGGCCGCAAAUGCUGACGACCAACCAUCUUUACUCUCGACGACCGCCGAACAUGCAAAAGAGAAAGAAGAAGUGGCUAUGGAACUUGACUCGCCGGAAGUGCCAACACAGCCAGACUGUAGUCUUCCACCAAGAUCACCGGUGCAGCCGACAGCAUCAGUUUCUGGUCCCCGAAAAAGCCCGUCGCUUACGUCCGGCACAGAACCCGGUAUGAGGGUAGGGCUUGAUUUCCCACGAGACACGGAUAAAAUGUCCAACCAGUCUCAUAAUAUCGUAGAACUCGUGAAUAUCGAGUCCAGAAGCCCCAAUCCAACUCAAGACGCCAUGCCCUUACCUAUGAAGGUGCCAGGUCCGGAACCAGAGCCUUCAGAUGCGGUACACGAACUCUUGAUGAGCCUGGAAUUACGACAAAAAAGGCUAGAAGAUAUGGAAGCAUCAAUGCGUGUCUGGCAGGAACAGUUUGCCAAACAACCUUCUAUGCAAUCACAAGAGCGAAUCGAGAAACUCGAGGCGCAGGUGCAACAUCUUAGUGCUCAGCUCAACCAAUCUGAGCAAAAAAGGGUAUCUAGUAUGGAGUUGUUGGGAAAGACCUUGGAGAAUGAACAGAAACAGAGGUCCAUCAACAGACAAAGAGUGGAUAAGCUGGAGAACACCAUAAAAACUGUCGGACAACCAAAGGAUCAAACCUCACAGGACGUUAAAAUAGAAGCGCUAAGAGCCUUGGUAGUUGAGUUGCAAGAAGACAGAGGGCUGUACAAAGAGAGAAUUGAGAGGCUCGAAAGUUCAACCCAGACCACUCAAGGAACCCAAACUCAGGCGACAGUCGCUCGAGUACACGCAUUGGAGACUCGUUUUGAGGAACUCAAAAAGUCACAGGUAUCUGGACAAGACCAAAUGACAGACAUGACGGCUGAGAUUCUAAAUCUAACAAAUCUAAUUGACGCUCGGCCCGAAAAGAAACACCUUACGAAGCUGGCUGCUUGCGUGAAGGGCGUUGAAAGUCGGCUGAAGGAGCUAGACCGCCGGGGAGACCAACAGCAAAGCUCCACAAAUGAUCUUGUCGGGGACUUUGAAAAGCACCUUACUGAACUCAGGGAAGAAGUCACACAACAAACGUUUGGGCUGGAAGGACAACUCAAGCGUAUCGAGAGCCGGGUAAAUCAGGUCGAUGGGCAGCAAAGCGUCUUCAAUAACCUCGCCCAUGAAUUGGAAAAGCGCCACACAGAACUCAGAGACAAAGUUGCUCAGCGAAUAUCUGGAUCCAGUGGUCAUGCCAAGGACUCCGACAAGCACCAACAUGUGCUUGGGGACGAAAUGACUCAGUGGACCUCUGGGUCACAUGAUCUAAUUGAAGACUUGAAGAAGCGUCACAGUGAUCUCAAGGACGAUGUUGCUCAAAGGACAUCCGAGUUUGAAACAGCUGUGAAUGAGCUACAGACUCACGUUGCCUCGCUCGCACCAAGAAAGGGGCUUCUCCGAAAGUUCCACGAAGAAUUAGAAGACUUGAGAGCACAACACGCACAGCACUCACAGUCCUUGAAAGAGCUUACGUCCAGCAAUGAUAGCAUAAAAAAACAGGUCGAGCGCAUACCUCAACUUGAGGAGGACGUGAAGACCUUCAAGAAACAACGCAACCUAAAAACUCCGGGUAAGCGGAUCGAGUCUCUUGAGCAAACGACCACAAAACUGUGGGAUCUCCUGCACCAAAACUCCUUGACAAUAGAGGUCAAAAGCCUGGCAACAGCCAUCGGGGCUUUAGAGACCCGCCUGCUUGGACGUGCCUCCGAGGAACGUGUCACAGAGCUUGCAACGGUUGUCCAAGACGUCAAAGCGCAAAUGCUCCAAGGUUCAAAUGCUGUGCUUGAUAAAGUUGCCACAGACCUAUGCGACGUCAGGGAGUAUAUGGAUCACAGUUUGGAAAUGACCAAAUUCAUCACUCAGAAGAAUGUGCAGAGACUGAAGGAGCAGGUCGAAGAAAUUCAAAAGGGACUCCGUCACACGCAACUAGUUGAGCAACCCCUCAAUCCUGUCACGUCAAUUGACACAGCUCUCAAUCUGCGCAAUGACGACCGGUUCGCAGAUCUUCAGCGGCAGUUUAACGAAGUUCGAGAGCAGCUGCGGCUUGUAAAUGGGCUACAGAUUCCCGUGCGACUGCUGAGCCCGUCCAUUUCGGACCUGGAGUCAUUGGCAGGCCAGCCGGGCCAGCCCGCAGAGGUGAAGGACUUCAUGGCCAACGUUAUGACACAAAUUAAGGGGCUGAAGGGUCUCAUGAGGAACAAGCUACUGGAGUUGGAUAAUGUGGAAGAAGCUGACGAGGAUAAAAAGGGAGCCAUUGCCGAGGUGGCUUUCGAGCUGGACUCUGUCUUGCGUUUUACCCGUGACAAGAUCCUGAAGUUAUCUUGAUGCAAUGCACGCGUAACACGCACUGAACUGCGUGAAAUAAUGGUUUAACGGGAAGGGAUUCGCUGUCACGCAUGGUAUCAACCCGACAAAACCCACUAAUUGGCACCCCUUGCACCAUUAAUUACCAUUGCUGAUUUGGUUGGCACUGACGCAUGUGUUUGCUCUAAAUCUCAAUAUGGCUUUAAUCAUGCCAUAGUUCGGAAUUCAAACGGGUCAAAGCGUGGGGUGUUUGGGGGAGGAUACCACGGGUGUGUAAGACUAAAUGAUUGAAGGAAUAGGGG